GAUGAAACCAUUAGAAAGUAUGGACACUUUAUCGGUUCUCAGCCGAUGGUCAUGUCCCAGACCGUGGUGAAACGCAUUUUACAGAACUCUAUUUCCCCCAUCAGACCUCGUCAGAAAAGCUAUAACAAUCUUUGGGGCAAUUCACAGGUUGCAUGCAUCGCGCGAAUCACUGCAGUCUCCCCUGUGACCAUUGUUCUCCUAUUUACCACUCAAUCUGCUAUUGGCGAUCCAAUCGCCGUUCGACAGCGUCACGGUUUCAACUCACCAUUGCGGAGAUUGCUACAGUUGACAUGCUGUCCGUUCUGACGUUACGCGCCCAACAGCCACAGGUCCGAUGGGAAACAACGGGCGAGGUGCUGAUGCGGCUCCUAGAAAUGGCAGCAUACUCUGAAGAUAUCAAAGAUGCAUAUGAAGCGUUCUACUACGCCUUCAUCUUACCGGAACUGGGAGAAGGACGCGACCCCCAUGCUCCACCCUCUGUGCACCACGAAUCAUUUCAUCUCACAGUCUGCUCCCAGAGCUUACCGAAGGCAUACAGUUUGUCAUAUCCGGACACGUUGCCGUUGGACGCGCGUUGCGGUUCGCCAAAUGCGCUGACAAAACAUGUACCACAAUUCGUCUCCUUCAUGACUGACGACCAUACUCCGCUCGAGUUCUCAUGUGUUUUCGACGUUGACGGGCGUGCUACCAUACGGUUCUCCAUUGACCCCAUAGAGCGACAGAGAGAAGGCGGGGAACCGGCGAUGAAGGUCUUCGAACACUAUGCUUCGAUUCUUGGCAUCUCCGAUGCCGAUCUUGCUUGGUGCAGGGUUUGUGCAGCAAAUCUCACUAUGGUUACGGAUGCAGGGCCGCUCAAGAUCUACGGAAGGCCAAGAUACCCCUCUCAAUACUUCGUCGGGUUCGAGUUGACAGGAGCUACACCGUCUAUGAAGGCGUACUUCUUGCCUGAAACCAUAUCCGCUGCCACUGGGAUCUCCAAAUACGAGCUCGUCGAGGCGACGAUACGAGAGCUUGCGCAGGAUGCGAAGGGGCUGCUAUUGGCGUGGAGUGCAAUCAACUCCUUUUUUUGUGCACUGCCAGACGAUCUCAAGCCCUCUCCGGAGAUCGUUGCCGUCGACUGUUGUCCUUCGCACAGGAACCGUGUGAAGGUAUAUGUGCGCACGCCUAAAGUCACCCUCGACAUCAUCCGGCGAUUCAUGACACUGGAUUACACCCUCAAGACUCCCGCUCUUGAGCAAGCGCUUUCCUCCAUAGCGAUAUUCUGGGACAUACUAUUCCCAGGCCUUCCCGUCGACAAGGAGCCAGAGCUGAGCAAACAGCACACGGAGCACCUUACCGGUGGUCUUCUGUUCUACUACGAACUGCGCGGAAACAGUUGUAACCCUUAUCCAAAGGUCUAUAUCCCCGUCCGACAUCUAUGCAAAAAUGAUGAGCAGAUUGUCGAGGCAAUGGAGCAGUUCUAUCGUGCCAUAGGGAAUUUGGAGACUACCAAAAAAUACCACAAAAUCGUACGGAACACUUUUACCCAUCGUCCGCUCAUGUCACGGACCGGUAUUCAUACGUAUAUCGCCGUCGCCGCGAAAGCAGAUAGCAUUGAAACUACAGCAUACUUCAAUCCGGAGAGGCAUCACGAAUGGGCUGCUUAGACGACGUCACCAUAGACUUCUUCGUUCGGAUUCACGGACGUGUUCGUUUCACGGCCAACGUCGAUUAAUGGGUUUAAUAGCAUUGUCACUGUAGAAGUUACGCUUGAGACCUUGCGAAUAUUGCUGAGGCUAAUGCUAUGUAGAGACGCGUCUAGAUUUGAUUACGAUAUAAUCACUAUUUGUUGCGGUUGCAUG